CCAUUAAUUGCUGAUAUGUAUACAGAUUUCCAACCCCGAUCGCAAAGCGUACAACCAGACUGCAGUCGGCAGACGAGGGCAUAGACGGAGAGAGAGAGAGAGAGAGUCAAGGAUGGGAGCCAUCACGACCGCGGUGGUCGCCAUUGCGGCGGUGAUCCUCGGGUGGAUCACCAUCGAGAUCGCCUGCAAACCGUGCCUGGACAAAGGCCGCGAAGCCAUCGACCACGCCCUCGACCCCAAUUACGACCCCGAUUCCUCCCUCAUCGCCCCCACCCCGACGCCAGCCCAGCCCCUCCUGGAUCCCAAUCCCCCACCUCCUCCCGCCGCCAAGGCUGUCUAGUGGAUCCAAUGCUUCUUAUUCUUCUGGUAAAUAUUAUAAUACCAAAGCUCUCAGAUGAAAGACCCCCCUUUUUUUUCUAUCCGUCUGAUUUAAUGGGUUUUGGCUGAAGAUUUGUACGAUUGCUUUGAUGGAUUUUGGUUUGGCUUUGUAUCCAGACAUAUUGUUUGAUGGAAUCGAUAUUAGGAGAUCCUUUUGGCCCCCUGUAUCGUGUUGCUUUUAUGUAUUAGGCUUUAUGCAUCCAUUACCGUAAGUUUGGCCGACUGUAUUAUGAUGGAUUUCUUUGAUGUGGUUUGAAGAAUCUGAUGUUGAGUGCGUCUGUAGAGGAAGUUUUCUGAUAAAUGCUGUGUUUGAGGAAA